CCGUGCUCACUCCCGCACCGCCGCCUGACGCCGCGCUCGUCACCGACAGGGUGGGACUGGCGGAAGAGCUGAGAGUGACCGAAGCAGAACCAAUUUAUUCUGGGCGCUUGUUCAGUUGCAGGUUGUAAAAUGCCGGCUUAUCAUUCAACCCUUAUGGAUAGUGAUGUAAAACUGAUUGGAAACAUGGCAUUAUUGCCGCUUAAAACACAAUUUAAAGGACCAGCUCCUAAGGAAACUAAAGACACUGAUGUCAUUGAUGAAGCAAUCUACUAUUUUAAGGCAAAUGUUUUCUUCAAAAACUAUGAAAUAAAGAAUGAAGCUGACAGAACCUUGAUUUAUAUCACCCUCUAUAUUACAGAGUGCCUCAAAAGAUUACAAAAGUGCAAUUCCAAAAAUCAAGGAGAGAAGGAAAUGUAUACCUUGGGGAUAACUAACUUUCCCAUUCCUGGAGAGCCAGGCUUUCCUCUUAAUGCCAUGUAUGCAAAACCUGGACACAAGCAGGAAGAUGAGAUGAUGAGGGGUUAUUUGCAGCAGAUCAGGCAAGAGACUGGGCUGAGACUUUGUGAAAAAGUGUUUGAUCAACAGACAGAUAAACCCAGCAAGUGGUGGACAUGUUUCAUAAAGAAGCAAUUCAUGAACAAAAGCCUGUCAGCACCAGGACAUUAACAUCACAAAAAAAGUGCAACAACUGAAACACCAUGCAAACGUGACAUGCAGCAAGAUGUACAAAAUUUUUGCCUUGUUUCAUAUGAUUUUAUACUGGGUUUGGAUAUAAUAAAAGUAGUAUCAUUCUGAAGAUCAUUUUUUAAAAUGUGAAGACUAAUAAAUGCUUGGCAUGGUAUAAUUUA